AACAUCAACAACUGCAGCAGCAGCAGCAGCAGUUAAAACCAAACUAUAUCAACAUCGGCUUUUGCCUUCAUAUAUCGUUGUCCUUUACUCUCGAGUAGAGUAAAACUAAAGCUUCAACUAACAAACAAAAUCAAGAAACGAACCAACCUAGGAACACCUUAUAACCAAAAGCAACACUUAUCGUCACACAAAAAUACCAGAGCUUUGUUUUUCCCACCUCUUCGUUUGUUGUUUAAAUAUAUUUUUAUUAGAUUCAAAAGGAAUAUUUCAAGAUGGCGACCUUCCUAAACUUUUUGCUACUCGUAACUGUUUUAGCGCUCACGAAAUUCUCUACUCUUUCUGCUGAAUUAAAUGAACUAUCAAACAAACAGUCUGCUAUCAAAGUAGCUCGUAGUAUGUUGCCUGCAAAAUUUCUGGAAUCGGAUCCUGAAGCUUGGGAUGAGAAAAUCGGAGAUCAGAGAAAUUGGGAAGAUCGCCUAAGUAUGAAAAGAAACUGGGAUGAACUCAGUAGUUGGGGCAAACGAAGCGCAUUUGACAAUAGCGCUAUCGAUAACGAAUUCGGAAACAGUCUUAGACGGGCUUUAAAUAGCCAUAAUUUAAAAUUGUCGUCAUUAUUGGACGGCGCGGAAUUGAAGAAAAGAUGGGAUAGUUUACAAGCUUGGGGGAAAAGAAACGCAAAUGGAAAUGAGGCAGCAUAUGGCAAAAAUGUUAAAAGAGAUCAUAUGGUGAAAUUAAGUGAUGGUACUUGGAAAAAGAUAAGCAGCGCUGACGGGGACAAACGUGGUAACGGCUGGGAUGAAAUGAGUGGAUGGGGAAAACGAAGCGCCGUUCAACAUAAAAUCAGGUCCAGAAAUUGGGAUUCCCUUCAGGCUUGGGGCAAAAGAGAAAGUCCAUCUGACGAUUCCGCUUUGUAUGAAAACAACCAACUGCAAAAAAGAAGUACUGGAAAGAUUUUGUAAGAAGAAUGAUUACAAAUAUAUAUAUAUAUAUAUAUAUACAUAUAUAAAUA